ACUGUUUUGAGGCGCCCUGGCACCGCCGCUGGAACCGCGACGGCGGUAACGGCGCGCGCACGUACGGAGCGGGCGCAGUUGCGCAUAGAUCCGAGAAACGGCUCCCGUCCUCGGCACGCCCCACGCACGUAUUCAGCUGCCCCCAGCGCAACAGCCUAGGCGGCGAGGGGCUGCCUCACCCUCCGCGACCCCGCGCAAGACGCGGAGCACGCGUACGGAGCUCGCCUCUCGCUCCCUAAACACGGCACGUCGUCCUUCGCCUCUCACAAAUCACAAGUCGGUCGAAACGCCCGCGCCGCGUAGGACGGCAUGAGCAGCCCAAGGAGGCCCCAACUCAAGAACUCGAAGGACAUCAAGGAGCCGCCCGCGGAACGGUUUCUAAGGGCGCUGUCCGGCGACCUCAGUGAGUCGCCCGCAGUAUCGCCGGAUUCGAAGGGCCCCACUCCGCAAGGCUCCAACCCAGCACGAUGGGAUAGAAGGAGUUAUGGCGAGAACGCGACGUCAUCAUCGCGACGGAGCGCUGGUUCUCGCACACCUUCUUCUGGCCGCCUCUCGACGGCAUCGUCGCGACGACCAUCGAUGGCCCGACUCGAGAGGCAAAAAAGUAUCCAUACGCUAGUCCAAGAACAGCUCGAGGAGGAGGACGAGAACGAAGACGACGAGGACCCGGACCCGGCCAGUUGGGGCCACCAGAUCCAGGGCUUUACGGAGGACUAUCACCACAGGAUCGUGAUGCAUCCCUCGGCGCCGUGGCGGGUCAACUGGGACAUUUUCAUGCUAGGGAUGAUCGUCUAUGUCAUGUUGGUGGCGCCCUUUGAAUUGACAUUUAUCAGCGAGAGGAUGUACAAGAACAAUUCGAACAUCACGCUGUUCGUGAUCAAUAGAUUUGUUGAUUUCCUAUUCGUCGUGGACUUUGUCAUGCAGUUCCUGACGGCUUAUGUGGAUGAGAAGGGCCAGUGGGUCAAGCAUUUGUUAUUUGAUGACCAGGGCGUCUGGAAGAAGUCUAUCACGUGCAACUACUUGACGUCAUGGUUCUUUAUCGAUCUGAUCAGUAUCUUCCCCUGGUGGUGUCUGGAUGUGCGGCAGGGUGGGUUUUUGAGAUUGGUGAGGUUAGCACGAUUGUUUAAGCUUUUGAGAGUGGUCAAGUCGCCUAGAAUAGUAGCGAGGGUGAUGAAGCACCUGUCGAUCUCGACGCGAUCUCAAACCGUGUGCACCUACAUAGCUUUGUUAUUAUUCACGAUCCAUCUCUCAGCAUGUGGAUUGAGACUCAUCACGGGCAUGGCCAUGGAGAACCGCCAAGCAGACAAUUGCUACAAAGAAGAAGAUUCACCGAACGUCGACGGCGUCGACGGCUUCGGCCCCGACGAGGACUGCCCGAACACCUACCUCACGCACCAGAACACGUGGCGCGACGGCGUCUGGGCCCAGUACACGAGCGCGGUGGUCUGGUCCUUCACGGCGAUGAACGGAGAAGCUGUUUUUGUCAAUCACGCCGAGGGCGUGCUGGGCUUCGUCAUGAUGUUGGUGGGGUGCAUCAUGAUCGCUUUUUUGCUCGGGGAUUUAGCUAAUGUCAUGAGCAACAUGGACCCCGUGAAGAACAUGCACAAGCAAACUCUAGACUCAUUAAAUGACUACAUGCAUGCCGCUGGGUAUAGUAGGGAGACUCGCAUCCAAUUGAGGGAAUAUGUGAUGCUGAGCGAACCUAUAUUUAGAUACAACUACUACAACCAGCUCCUAGAUCGAUUGAGUCCCUCUUUGCAAGCCUUGGUGGCCAAAAAGGACUAUGGUAAGAUCAUUGAUAAGAUCCCGUUUUUCGCCUAUGCCUGCCACAAGUUCUACGACAUCAACCCCGGCGACAUUGUCAGGGCACGAGCGAAGCGCAUCAAAGGCAAGACGGGCUUCGAGUGGUCCGAUCGGAGGGCUGUCGUCGUGGCCGUUACUCCUGAAUUGAAGUUUGACUUGAAGUAUAUUGACUUGCCCGGUGAGCCGGUGGAACGGGAUGUGAAGUUCUCGCGGUUGCAGCUAGAUGAGUACUUAUUGGGUGAGGGGCCUUAUCAAAUUAGCAUCAGUGAAAGAGUACAAAGGCUACCCUUCCAGAAGAACUUGAUCAUGUUCAAGAUCGCUAGAAGUUUGAGGAUGCAGCUGCGCAUGGACGGCGAAGCUGUUGUGUUCUCCAAUGUCUCUAUAAAUGACGUGCUCUAUGCCGUCAAAAGUGGUUCAGUACUGCUAUUCGGCCAUGACCCCUUCAAGCCCUACAAACUCAAACGAGUAGGAGAAAAAGGCUUUUUUGGCGACGACAUUGCCAUGCUCAUCUCCAGUGUGUCAGAUAAACCCAACAAGUUCGUCACGCGAAAAUACAGCGCCCAUUGUACUCGUAUUACACAUGUCUACACGUUGCAAGCGCUGGACUUUCAUAGCAUCCUCAUCGACAAGGACCAGUUUCCUACGUUUAGGAAGUAUGUGGCGCGAUAUGGCAUCUGGACUAGACUACGGUACGAGAUCCUGGACGUGGUCAAACGAAAGCGGGAAGACGACCGGAGGCGAGCAGGGGCGUACACCGCGGUACCUGGCGCCCACCACCAGAAGUUCUUCGACGCGGCGAACGUGACACGAAGCCCGAAGAAGGGCAUGGACCUCUUCAAGACCGUGCAAGAAGGGGCUCGGGGCUUCCAAUCGACGGUCGAAAAAACGGUCAAGCAGACGGUCGAGGGCGCGCGCGGCGUCGUGCGUUCGGUGGAUCGGUCGGCGUCCGCGCCUUCCGUCACAGCUUCUGAAAGGCGCAUCACGACGUCGCCGCCGCCGCCGCCGCCGCCGACGCCCGAGGAGACGUCGAUCACGGGCCGGUCGUCGCCUUCUUCCAUUCAAAGCGAGGACGACGGCUUCGCCGACCGCGGCGACAACGCCUAACUAAUUCAUUUUUGAGACAC